AUGAACAAGGAAUGCAAAGCACAAGUUACAUUCCUAGAUGCUCCAAUUUUAAGGCCAAUGUUUAGAGUACUUAGGAACUUUUUCUUUGACUUUACUAGAUCACAUUCGGAUGAGCAGGUUCAACGAAUCACGAGGAGUUUGGGUAAACUCCAAAAAACAUUCAGCCCAAAUGAACCAUUCUUUUGUGAUACAAAUGGACCUGGCCGUAGAAGUAACGAAACUCCAACAUCAGUACAUAAACUCAAGCCAGGAGAUAUAGAUAUAAUUGCUGCAAUUGGCGAUUCUUUAACAGCAGGAAAUGGGGCGUUAGCAACAAAUACUUUGCAAGUUACACUUGAAUAUAAAGGCGUUGCAUUCUCAAUUGGAGGCGAGAAAACAUGGAGAGAAUAUCUAACAAUUCCAAACAUCUUAAAAGAAUACAAUCCGAAUCUUUACGGCUAUUCAGAGUCAAUUGGCUUAUCAAUUCAUAAAACCUCAAAAUUUAAUGUCGCUGAACUUGGUAGUAUGAGCAGGGAUAUGCCACACAUGACAAAAGUAUUAAUACAGAGAAUGUUAACGGAUAAAAAUGUAAAGCCGCAUCACUGGAAGUUGAUCACAUUUCUUAUUGGAUCAAACGAUUUCUGCCUGGACAUGUGUUAUCAUCAGAACCCUACAGAAAUUAUUAAACAACAUGAACAGGACCUCCUUAAAGUCUUUCGACUAAUCAGAGAUAAUAUACCUAGAGUAAUGCUUAACGUUGUUCCGCCACCAAGUGUGCAAAUUCUAGUGGAAUUUACAGGAAAAAGUGCUGAAUGUGAAUCUGUGCAUCACUUUGAAUGUCCAUGCUUCUUCGGUCUGAAAUACCAUAAACAUAAGCAGCUUUAUUAUCAAAUUAUGCAGGAAUGGACAGAAGUUUUGAUAAGAACCGCAAAUCGGGAUGAGUUUAAUCGAGAUGACUUUACUAUUAAUAUUCAACCAUUUACUAGAAAAUUAAAAUUUCCCAUUUCUAAAGGAGUCACUGAUUAUUCCUACAUGUCAUUUGAUUGCUUUCAUCUGUCACAAAAAGGAUAUGCUUUAGCGACAACGGCACUUUGGAAUAAUAUGCUUCAAAAAGAUGGUCAAAAAUCAAACAAUUGGGAUUGGAAAAAUCCAUUUAAUUUAUUAUGUCCUACACAAAAUUUUCCUGAAAUUAUGAAUGUUUUGAGACAUUUAAAUAUACUAAGAGGGUUAAAAACAUACACAAAUCUUCAAGCAUUAGCAGCAAGUAGAUGUCAAGAGACUGUUGUAUCAAAUCAGCACAAAUUUCUUCUCACAAAACCGAUAUUGAAUGAAAAUUAUUUAUUGGAUGUGACAAAUGUCGAUAGAAUCAAUGAAAACAUACAACAGAGAAAAGGAGUUGGUGAUAUUUACACCGUUCAUGACAUCAACAAUAAGCUUAAAGAUAAUUCAUUAGAUCCAGACACAAGAAAAUCGCUAGAAAUUCAAUUACAAGAAGAGAUGAGAAAAAUUCCAAAUGACACACAUCCAGAAGUUAGAAAUUACGGAGAGGAACCAAAGGCUGUAAAAUAUUACAAUGAGGAACCUUCAUUCAAACAUAAACCAUUAGAAUUUUCUGAAAUUUGUAAGAAAUUGAAUCUUUUACGAACUGAUCAUCUUGGAAACUUUUCUGGGCACAAAACUUACUAUUUGAUGCACGAUUUAGCUGAACUGGAACAAGCACUAAUAAGAUACACAGUUAAAGAGAUAUUAAGUCAUGGAUUCAAGCUUACAUCAGUUCCAGACAUUUUACCAGCCAAAGUUAUUCAAUCGUGUGGAAUGCAGACAGAAGGUGAAAGAAAUCAAAUCUAUAAAUUAAUUCCAUCAAAUCUGUGUCUGUCUGGAACUUCAGAAUUGGCACUUGCUGGAUAUUUUGCUGGAACUAAUUCGACGAGAAAUAAAAUGCCAAUUAAAGUGGCAGCAGUAAGUCGCUGUUUUAGAGCGGAAACGUCUGGAUUGAAUGAGGAAAAAGGCAUUUAUAGAGUACAUCAAUUCACAAAAGUUGAAAUGUUUUCAGUAUGUCAUUCAUCACAAUCAGAAGCCAUGCUUGAUGAAUUCAAAAAUAUCGAAAUUAAUUUAUUCAAUAAACUUGGCCUUCACUUUAAGCUUCUUGAUAUGCCACCGCACGAAUUAGGUGCGCCAGCAUAUAGGAAGUAUGAUAUUGAGACAUGGAUGCCAGGCAGAAAAAUGUGGGGAGAAAUUUCAAGCUGUAGCAAUUGUACUGAUUAUCAAUCGAGACGACUUAAUAUAAAAGUUGAUGAUGAGUUUGCUCAUACAGUUAAUGGCACAGCAUGUGCAGUUCCUCGAAUGUUAAUUGCUCUGAUUGAGACAUUUCAAAAGGAAGACGGUACAAUUCCAAUUCCAAAAGAAUUAAGGCCCUACAUGAAGAAGGAUAAAAUAUCGAGACAGAAAAUUUUGCCAGAAUUAAAAUUAAUUAAGCAUGCUAUCAAGUAGUGAGUAUAAGUCCU